AUGCCUGAGAAACGCGACACAGAUACUUGUAUGAACCAACAAAUAAAUGCGAUUUACGAUCAUCCGCAUCACGUGCCAAUAUUCAAUACUUGCUACCAGAACGGAAAACUUGGGUUAUCUUUUUUGUUCUUUAUUGAUGAGGAAUCGUAUAGUGAUGGCAUUCUAACUAUAAUUCAGAUUUCACGCUUGUUUUCGUCAUGGGGAGGAUUAGAAACUGAUCAUCUUAUCUUGGUGAUGUGCCGAUCAUGGCUUGAAAAUACUAAAUGUGCAUUUGCAAAAAAUUGUAGAUUUGCUCACGGCGAGGAAGAAUUACGACCUAUUAACAAAAAAGUGAACUCGAAAUACAAAACGAAAAUCUGCACAAAAUAUGCCACAGGAAUUUGUCCAUUUGGUAAUAAUUGCCUUUUUAUUCAUCCGUAUGUACCGAAUGGAAAUCCCUAUUUUCAUCCUCUUCGAUUAACUGAAAGGGAAUGCGAAAAACCGUUGAAAGAAAGAAUUGAGUCCGGAAUACCAGAAAAUUUUCAGUCGCCAAUGCAUGUUUUUUUAUCGAUACCUUCCCAUGAUUUUAACAAAUACUAUAACGACGAUAAUUAUAUGCAAAAAAAUAACGGCGAGAUAUCAAAGUUGAAAACUAUUUGGUCAUCAAUCAAAGAUGAUUCGAAAAAAGAAAAUACUUCUCUUGUUGAAUCUAUUAAAUUGAUACUAACUAUGGUUAAAAUCUCAGGACGCAUUAGUACAGAUUCGGGUAUUGAGGUUACUCCUGCUUCAACGCCUUCAAUAGCACUUGAAAAUAAUUUUCCGGAAUACGAAAUUGAUCACCAGUUUCCAGACAUCUUUGGUUAUAUUCUUUAUAUGGAUAAUUAUAAUCGCAAGAAAGCGUCCUCACUUGAAAUCUGA